AUGCAUCAACCAACACUCCUCACUCUCGCAGUUCUCCUUCUCCCCCUCUCCACGCUCGUCCUCAGUCUCGAUACAGACUCUCCAACCGGCAGUAAAAGUGGCAAUGGUAGCGGCAGUGAAACCUCCAGCGGAACCUCCAAUGGAAAUCUCAAUCCCAACGGCAACGCGAACCAAAACCAAAACCAGAAUUACAACACCAACGAAAACGAGAAUUACAAUUCCAACACCAAUAUCAACAAUAAUUACAACAUCAAUUAUAACGACAACGAUAACUACAAUAUUGAUGUGAAUGACGAUGACGAAGAUGAUAAAAAACAUGGGAUAGUUUACACGACGGAAAUUGUCACGGCGCUAACGACUUAUUGUCCUGAGGCGACGAAGUUUGAGCAGAAUGGGAUUAUGUAUACAGUUACUGAUGCUUCGACACUUACUAUAACAGAUUGUCCCUGCACACAAACCCGCGCUCUCCCCGGAAUAGCCCUCACACCUGCCAUCCUCCCCCAAUCACCCCUCGCAACCAUUUCCCUUACAACCGCCUCUCUCGCCGCCCUCACAACCCCCUCUUCUCCCCCCGCAGCAGGCAUUCUCCCACUCCAUCCCCUCUCCUCCCUCCCCGCAUCCAUUCUCCCUCAAUCUCUCCCCCCAGUCGGAAGUGCCAGUAUCCUCGCUGCAUCUGCCCUCCCCUCUGUGAUUCCCGCUGCGACUAAUCCAGCUACAAUCGAUGAAUCAUCGAGACCUUUGAAUAAUGCGGUAGAAUCAGCGUUUGGAGCGACGCCCAGUGAAAUUGGGGAUGAAACGGGGGAUGAGAGUGGACCGGUACAGUUUUUGGGGGCGGCGGGGAGGAGUGCGAGGGAAGUGGGGAUUGGUGGGUUGAUUGGGGGGUUGGGGGUGGUGGGAUUGUUGGUUUUGUAG